CGUAAAUGACUUUUUGAUUCGCGGCAGAAUCUAGGCCGGUGGCAACCUCAAGUGGGCUCUCGAGACUGAAGGGAGCGAGCAGAGCUGGACUACCCAUCACAUCAUGACGGACACAUUUCUCAGGAGUGGCCGCAUGCUUGCCUACGGCUGCGCUUCAAGUGUAGCUGCGGCCGGCAUAGUCUUGUCUGCACUACGGUCCAGGUCCAACUCCUAUUCGGCUGCUGUCAUGGUCGGGCGUAGCAAUGGAGGGAUGAUGGUGCUCCUCAACUUCGGAGUUUUCCUGACGUUGUCUUUCGCAAGGGUGAUGCAGAAGAUCUUCUUUGGCCAGCUCCGCGCCGUCGAAACAGAGCAUCUUUACGAGCGUAUGUGGUACGCCAUCACGGAAAGCUUGCUCGCUACAACCAUCUUCCGCAGCGAGUUCGACGCCAGCUUUGUUCUGCUGUUUGGAACCCUCUUGAUCAUGAAGGCAUUCCAUUGGCUUACUGCUGACCGAGUCGAGUAUAUGGAGCAAUCUCCGUCCUUAACGGCUAUCUUUCACUUGCGCAUGAUCUGCGUGCAGGGGAUGUUGCUUAUGAUCGACCUGCUGCUGGUCGCACUCACAGUCGAGGUACUGCUCGAAAACCGUCGCGUGGGCAUGAUGAUCAUGUUCACCAGCGAGUUUUCCAUUUUGCUAGUCAACAUGUUGUCGACGAUUGGUAAAUACACUAUCAAUUGCAUCGAUGCGCGAAGCGAGGAGCCGUGGGAAGGCAAGAGCAUGUAUUUCUUUGGCAUUGACCUGAUUACCGACUUCCUCAAGCUUGCCAUCUACCUCACCUUCUUUGCCAUGAUCCUCACUUAUUACGGCCUACCGUUGAACAUUGUUCGAGAUGUGUACCUAACGGGUCGGUCGCUCUUCUCGAAGAUCCGGGAUCUGAUCCGCUACCGUGCCGCAACGAAGAAUAUGGACGGUCGCUAUCCGUCCGCGACAGCAGUGGACAUGCAAGUCAUGUCGGACGGUACCUGCAUCAUCUGCAGGGAAGAGAUGGUCAUCGCUGGCGAUCCUGAUGCACCGAGUUCGACGUACUCCAACGGGCUCAACCACACGCCCAAGAAGCUGCCGUGCGGGCACAUCUUCCACUUCCACUGCCUUAGGGCUUGGCUGGAAAGGCAGCAGAGCUGUCCCACGUGUAGAAGAACCGUCUUCAACGACCCCGCUGUACAAUCGACCACGACCCCGGCCCUUGCCGCCGCCCAAGGAACGGGAGAGGCGAAUGCAGAUCCUUCAGCAGCAGCAGCUCCUGCUGCACCACCGCAACUACCGCAGAUGCCACACACAUCCACUAAUGCGGUUGCGCCGCCUGCAGCUACACCAGGUCAUCGCGCAGCGCCACCAGCGCCAGCACAAGUGCUUUCUGGCACUGAGCCUACUCCCUGGCUUACUGCGUCAACAGCAGCACCUGCGGAAUCCGCACAUAGGAGGGCGAAUGCUGAGGGUAUCACCUCAGAUGCUCCCACAUCGCACUCAGAACAAGCCUCGCGCGACUGGCGUGCUUACUCAUCAGGUUGGCCUGCAUCAGCAUCGGCAUCAGGGGCAGAAGCCGACGCGCGGUUGCGAGCAUUCAUGCGCAAUCACACGUUCAAUUCGGCUCUCAGUGGCGCCUCUUCCACUUCGAACAGCACCGCAACCCGGGGCGUAGCCUUGCGGGAUCCAGCUAGUCUGCGCGCAGCAGUACCACCACCGACACGGGUUCCGGUCAUCCAAGGCGGUCAAUUCUCUUGGUCGAGCUCUCCAGUCGUGCCGAGCGCAGCUGCUGUUGAAGAGGGAAACGGGCCAAGCAGCAACCAAUCGGAUGGCCCUGUACAGAGGGAAACGCAAGAAGAACAUGAAGAAGCAGAUGAUGAGAGUUGUGGCGCGGCAGUGUCUCAAGAUGAAAUGCGCAGAUCUCGGGAGGCGAGGUUGAAGCGCUUUCAAGCGGAAGAGGGACAACAUUUACCGGAGAAUUCAACAACAGCAUCAGUGUCUCCACAGACAGGAGAGCGGGAAACCAGGCCUGGCAGCGGCUACGGCAGUGGUGGUGGCGUUACUUUGACCCCUAUCCUUCAAGUCUCUCAGCCAUCAUUGCAGAGGACUGCAUCGCUGCAGGACUACAUGGACAGCCUGGCUGUCGACGGUGAUGAACUUAGCAGGGAGCAGCUAGAAAACCUAUCGCGGCUGACGCGGCGAGGAAUUGAGGAAAGGCUGAGAGUCUUGCACCGCAUCGAUCAGCAGAUAUGGAAUUCUGUCGAGGAUCUCACGCGCUGUCUCAGCAUCCUGCCGGCUGACGAUGAGGUGCAGCCCUCAUCGCCGGAGGUCACUGAUGGGAAAGGGAAGGAGCAUGCUGAAGAUAGCAAGAGCCUGUAGAUCCAUCGCUAACACCGCAAUCAAAGGCGAAGCCCGUGCAUGCCAAUAGAUUCUU